AUCUCUGGAGAUUCGCUGUUGCGGUGAUGACUGUAUUGAGCGCGCAGCGCAGCCUAUCUUGCCGGUUUCCUUGUUAUGAUUUCCUGGGCCUCUCAUUGGAGAAGGCUGGGAGAGAGGCGGCACCUAUUGGCCGCUGUCUCCAGUCUUUGGUAGAGCUGGGUUAGGCUGGUCCAGGCGGAGGAGGCAGGUCAGUGACUGAGGUCCCUGCCUCAAGAAGACCAAGUGGCGGAAUACCAGCUUACCAUUCACAGCCUCUCACACUGGUCCUCCUGCAUUCUGAUUUUUAGGGCUAAAAUUAGAUCACAGUAAACUCUGAAUGACUGUUAAUUAAAAAGAUGUAUGGGCUCAUAGAGAAUUCUGAUAAAGCUGCUCUUUUUUGUUGAUAGAUUUUUUUUUUCUUUGCAUCUUUAUACUGUACCUGUGUUUUUUUUUUUCUUCGCUGCCGUGAAAGCUUUUUGUAUUGAAACUGGAGGCCUUAGAAGUGGCUCCUUCUUUCCUGAAGAUCUCUCUGAUUUUUACGUGAUGGUUCCGGAGCGUGAUGUUAGGCCCAGUAGUUUGUGAUGUCAUCCCUGACCCCACCCUGCGAGGGCAACUGCUCAACACCCAGAUUUUUUGUUGGUGCCCGAGAUGAUGAGACAGACUUCCUGGAAUCAAACAUGAAUCCUGACGAGGUUGAUUUCUAUGAAGAAGAGGAAGACGAGGAUGAGGAAGAUGCGCCUCCUGAACGUCAGAUUGUGGUGGGAAUCUGUGCCAUGACCAAAAAGUCCAAGUCUAAGCCCAUGACCCAAAUCUUGGAGCGCCUCUGCAAGUUUGAUUACAUCACUGUAGUGAUUAUGUCCGAAGAUAUCAUUCUGAAUGAACCUGUGGAGAACUGGCCUAUUUGUGACUGCUUGAUCUCUUUUCAUUCUAAAGGAUUUCCACUUGAUAAAGCUGUCGCCUACUCAAAACUGCGUAACCCGUUUCUCAUCAAUGACUUGGAUAUGCAGUAUUACAUCCAAGACAGGAGAGAAGUGUACCGAAUUUUGCAGCAGGAGGGAAUUGAUCUUCCUCGCUAUGCUGUACUCAACAGAGACCCCGACAAGCCAGAUGAGUGUAAUCUAAUAGAAGGUGAGGAUCAGGUAGAAGUGAAUGGAGAAGUCUUCCCAAAGCCAUUUGUAGAAAAGCCAGUUAGCGCUGAAGACCACAACGUAUAUAUUUAUUAUCCCACGUCCGCAGGAGGUGGAAGCCAAAGGCUUUUCAGAAAGAUUGGCAGUCGUAGCAGUGUUUACUCUCCAGAGAGCAGUGUUCGUAAGACGGGAUCCUACAUUUAUGAAGAGUUCAUGCCGACUGAUGGCACUGAUGUUAAGGUAUACACUGUAGGUCCAGAUUAUGCCCAUGCAGAGGCCCGCAAAUCUCCAGCUUUGGAUGGGAAGGUGGAGCGUGAUAGUGAGGGCAAGGAGAUCCGCUAUCCUGUCAUGCUCACUGCCAUGGAGAAGCUUGUGGCACGGAAGGUCUGCUUGGCAUUUAAGCAAACUGUUUGCGGCUUUGACUUGUUAAGAGCCAAUGGGCACUCAUUUGUUUGUGAUGUCAAUGGUUUCAGUUUCGUGAAGAACUCCAUGAAAUAUUAUGAUGACUGUGCCAAAAUACUGGGGAAUAUAAUUAUGAGAGAGCUCGCUCCACAGUUCCAGAUUCCCUGGUCAAUCCCAACAGAGGCAGAAGAUAUUCCUAUAGUACCAACCACCUCUGGAACAAUGAUGGAGUUGCGAUGUGUAAUAGCUAUUAUACGACAUGGGGACCGCACACCAAAGCAGAAGAUGAAAAUGGAGGUUCGACAUCCAAGGUUCUUUGAGUUAUUCGAACACCAUGAUGGCUAUAAAACGGGAAAGCUGAAGCUUAAGAAGCCAGAACAACUACAGGAAGUGCUUGACAUAGCAAGACUGCUGCUAUCAGAACUUGGAGCGCACAGCGACUGCGAGAUUGAAGAGAGGAAAUCCAAGCUUGAACAGCUGAAAACGGUCCUGGAAAUGUACGGACAUUUCUCUGGUAUUAAUAGGAAAGUACAGCUGACUUAUUUGCCCCAUGGUCAUCCAAAAAUAUCCAGUGAGGAUGAAGAUGCCCGAAAGGACUCCCCAUCUCUACUUCUAGUCUUGAAAUGGGGUGGGGAACUGACACCAGCUGGGCGAGUGCAAGCAGAAGAGCUAGGACGGGCUUUCCGCUGUAUGUAUCCCGGAGGGCAAGUGGGUGGUAAAAUCCCGGCUUUGGGCUGUAGCUCGCCUGUAGACUGUGGAGAUUAUGCAGGGUUUCCAGGCUGUGGACUUCUGCGACUACACAGCACUUACCGUCAUGACCUCAAGAUUUAUGCAUCAGAUGAGGGUCGAGUACAAAUGACUGCUGCAGCUUUUGCAAAGGGUCUCCUAGCACUGGAAGGUGAGCUUACUCCAAUCCUGGUUCAGAUGGUCAAGAGUGCAAACAUGAACGGACUCCUGGACAGUGAUUCUCUGAGCAGCAGUCAACAGAAAGUGAAGGCUCAUCUCCAUGAGAUUAUGCAUAAGGAUGCUGAAUUCACCAAGGAUGAUCAAGAAAGGCUGGCCCCGACUAGCAGCAUAUCUUUGAUUAACUCCAUGGAAGCAAUAAAGAACCCAGUGAAAAUUUGCGACCAGGUCUUCUCCCUCCUAGAAAGUCUCACUUCUCAGAUUCAACAGCGUCUGGAGGAUCCAAAAUCUGCAGACCUGCAGCUGUACCAUAGUGAGACUCUAGAGCUGAUGUUACAACGAUGGAGUAAGUUGGAAAGAGAUUUCCGAAUGAAAAAUGGACGUUAUGACAUAAGCAAGAUUCCCGACAUUUAUGAUUGCGUCAAGUAUGAUGUUCAGCACAACAGCAGCUUGGCCCUGGAAGGAACAGAUGAGCUUUUCAAACUUUCCAAAUCAUUAGCAGAUGUUGUAAUCCCACAGGAAUAUGGGAUAAAUAAAGAGGAGAAACUGGAGAUUGCAGUCGGUUACUGUCUUCCUCUCAUUAAAAAGAUCCAGUUAGACCUGCAGAGAACCCAUGAGGAUGAAUCUGUAAACAAGCUUCACCCACUUUAUUCAAGAGGCGUACUGUCUCCGGGACGUCACGUCCGAACACGGCUGUAUUUUACCAGUGAGAGUCAUGUACACUCCUUGUUGAGCGUUUUUCGUUAUGGAGGACUUUUAGAUGAGUCUAAAGAUCAGCAGUGGAAACGAGCGAUGGAUUAUUUAAGUGCUGUGUCAGAGCUAAACUACAUGACACAAAUUGUGAUUAUGCUGUAUGAGGACAACAAUAAGGACCCAUCUUCAGAAGAGAGAUUUCAUGUGGAGCUUCAUUUCAGCCCAGGAGUCAAAGGCUGUGAAGAAGAUGAAAAGGCCCCCCUGGGAUUUGGAUUUCGACCAGCUUCAGCUGAAAGUGAAGACAAAAAGACAGACCAGGGUAGUCUGGAAGACUUGUCCAAGGUGAAAGGCACAGAUGAUGUUGACAGAUCCAUACUGAUGUCACCACUGCCGACUGAGCUAAUCAGCAUCCACAGAAAGUCUCCCCUAACCCGUGCUAGGAAGACUGGGUCAAUGGAGGUGAUGAAUGCCACUAACACAGGCAGUUUGGAAUUCAUGUCAAAUAGAGGGCGUCGGAGGAGAAGAUCAGGAGAACCCCAUCACUCCCCUUGUUCCGUCACUCUGCAUUCCAGGGCCAUGUCCAUCUCUAACCUGGCAUCAUGGCGACAGGUACUCUCGGAAACCUCCUCGAAGUCAGGAGGCUACCGUCUCUUCACUUCCUAUCCCAGGCAAACCUCCGAAUUGAAACAAAGUGGUCUAGGAUCACAGUGCACUGGUCUGUUCAGCACCACAGUGCUGGGAGGCUCCUCAAGCGCUCCAAAUCUACAGGACUACGCACGCAGCCAUCGCAAAAAAAUCAGCGCCGCUGCCAGCUUGACUUACAAAGACGAACUGUUGUCUAUGCCAGCUGUAAAACGAUUUUCUGUGUCGUUUGCAAAGCAUCCGACUAAUGAAUGCCUGGAAGACCACGAGGUCACCCAGCUGCUGCGCUGCUUUUCCUCUGACUACCCUCAGACUCGGAACAUCUGUCUGGAUGGGGCCAUGGCCCACCACCUGCAACAGUGCUCCUACCACCUGCGUCUCUUCAAGAACUGGCUGAUUUCGGGCCAGGACGAUUUGGAGUGCCUCUACGGUUUUGAGGGGUGCUCUAUGGUUCCCACUAUUUAUCCACUGGAGACUCUGCACAAUUCUUUGUCUCUCCGACAAGUCAAUGAAUUCUUGUCUGCUGUAUGUAAACAGUUUGAUGAAACCCAUUCAAGAGGCUCUUCAGCUGGAUGUGAUUCACACCGCCAUGCACCUGGCGAUGCUUGCCUGCCUCACAGAAUCCUCUCUUCUUCUUCUCUUCCUCUGCGCCAGCGUUCAGAGAGGCCACCCUGGUACAGCAGUGGACCUUCCAGCACUGUGUCAAGUGCUGGUCCUUCAUCUCCAACUAAUCUAGAUCUCUCAUCACGUUUCAAUUUCAAUGCUAAGACUUCACUAACUGAGGAGCAGAGAAGAAAGUUGAAUCUUGAUGACAACCUUCAACCAAAUCAGAUACAAGGCGAGGAGACUUCAAGCAGUCAGGAAGCAUGGCAGGACCUGCCUCCAGUGGAAGAACCAUUGUGUCAUGACUCUACCUACCUAGAACGGCAGUCUCUGUGUGAUCUGGCACCUACAUCACAACCCUCCAUGGAAGAAGAAGUGAUUGUUGGUAUAGAAGUACCAGGCUACCCUUCCUUGCCGUAUCCUCCACCUGCUGCGUCAGGGAGCAUGGUCUUUGAAAACCUGAUACAUCAGCGGUCGGUACUGGAUGAACAAAUGCUAACAGAACUAUCUUUACAUGGACAAGAAACGUCAUUGUAGGUGAUAGGUGGAAUAAUGAAAAGGCUGAGCAUUUGUGGAUAGCUCUACAAACCACUUAGAAUCACUCUGCCAGCAUAAACACUGGGUUUUGCCCAAGAGAACUGCCAGGGUAUUUACACUGUAGUAUUCGUGGAUUGUGUUCCAUUAUAUCAACUUGUUGAACACAAUUCUGCAUCAAAGCCUACUAAACAUGUACAAUUUUAGACGGAGGAUUAUUUAUUCAUCACCAUUUUUUUAUUUUAUUUACCAUUCUUUACAAAUAAUGAAGAUGCUCAUUCUUAGGAAUAACUAGACUCAAAUAUCAGUAAUGAAUUCGGUAUUUUACAGAUAACAGAAUACUGGUAGUCAGUUAAUACGAGUAAUCACUGCGCAGUGAGCCUUCCACAAUUAUGAAUCCAUCCUGCUGUUUUGGAUAUUGUUACAUAUUUAAGAUUAACAGAGUUGUUGUAACAAAUUACCUUGUUCAAAAACACUUCCCAUGCGGAAGUUUGCCAGUCCACACUCUCUGAAGGGAAUGUUUUAAGAUGUUGUCCGGGACAUAGGUUUUAUUUUUGCAUUACAGAGUCCAUACCAGCAACUAUGAAGAUUCUGUCAUAGAAUAUUCUCAGUCUCAGAAUAAACUUUAUCUCAAGUCUCACUUGUCCAAUGUCUUGGAUAGAAAUUGGCAUGAAUAUGCUAGUGAUGUGAAGGUCAGGACAAUCUGUGCAGCUGGAUCCUGGUUCCAUGGACACUCUUGUAACACAUUAAGAGAAACUUUCUUUUCUAUAAAACGUUAUUGGAACAAAAUAAGGGGGAUCUUUCAACAACAGACUUCUUUUAAUUUGUUGGUGUUUUUAAUGCACUAACAUUUUUAAAUUCUUAAUGUUUUUGGCCCACCAGCACUAAAGAAGUAAGAUUUAGGAGUAAUGUGUUUGAAGACAUCAAUGGAUGUAGGUGCACAGUUUUCAAAUGCCUGAAUGAUGAUAGUUUCUUGCAGAUACGGUUUUUCAUUUUGCAGUAAUGGUAUUGUAAACCUACCAAAUACAGUAAGUACAGUACUUAUGUAGUUCCAGUCCUACCAUGAACGUGGUGUACCAUAACCAUAUAUUCUGCGAUUUCUUAAUUUGUUGGGUGCCAUCUGGACCUCCUUAUACUGCCAUAGGGGGGUUAGUCACCACUGUUUUUGGAACUCUUUUCUCUACAAGUGACACUGGUUAAUUGACCAAUAACCCUCCUAUUUUUUUGUGUUUACAUCCUGCUCCAUUUCGUGUUAAAUUAGUUUGCAGGAAAACAAGAGCUUAGGUUCUUAUCAGUGGGAUCUAGUCAUAUUCUUUAUAUUGUCGUCGUACUCUGCACUAAAUGGACUGUAAAUUAGUUUAAAAAAAGAAAAUACAGUCCUGUAACUAAAGAUCCAUUUGAUAUUUUCUAAGCUGGUGUCUCUCCAGCUAAUGUUUGGUAAUUGUGUGUCCCUGCUGCUGACAUUUUGUACUAUGUACUAAUAAUACAAAUAUAUCGUUAAACUAAUCAACAUAAGACAGAUUACUGACAUUGUGCUAACCUUACCCACUGACCUCCCAGGUCAUAGUCCAGAUUUUAUCUCUGGUUGCUAGGAGAAGCAGACCAGCAAGACUAAUUGUUUCUUUUGCAAAUCAUUAUGUGCUGUCCUGGAAGGAAAGGGUUUUAUUAAUUUGCACUUGUUCUUAACGGUACAGAUUGUGCCGCAAAGCUGUUAAAAUAAUUGUGAAAGAAGGUAUUUAUAACCUUGGGUAUAUUCCUUUUAUUCUAUCUAGAAGACUGUAUGUAGAAUAUACUACCACGGGUGUCACUUGUUUGGACACUGAAACUAUAUAUUAAGCAGAAAAGAGCAGCUAAGGCUUUAUUUUUUGUAUAACUAUUAGACUUUACAGGGUGUAUUUUAGUCCUGUAGGAUACUUGAAGAUAUACAAUGCAGUAAGGAUAUUUUGCUUGAAUGUGGUUCGCUCACAGGACAAAAAUAAAAUUUAGGUGCCAAAAGGUAAUGGAAUUUUAUAGCAGAUAUUUUUAUUUCUUGUGUAGAUUUGUAAGAAACAACAAAUGGUCUUCAGCAGUUGGAAAUAUAAGCCGUGGAUGUAAACAAUAAUCAUAUGUUGAAUAAUGCAGAUAAUGGGAUAUGGUUUGUCCUGCCCUCGACUCGUUUUUUCCACAGCCUUUGCAAACUAUUGGUUAUCUUUUGAUCUUUUGUAACUAAAUCUAUAUUUUCCACUAGUUUGGUUGAUUUAUUGUGGAAAAAAAUGGGGAUGGAAAUUCUUUACUUUAAAUUACGUUACUGUAAAUGAUAUUAAAUACUGUGGAAAACAAAAAUGGGGGUUCCAGCAAAAAUAAAUGCGUUUAACCGAUUUUCUAAUUUACAAUGUUCGCAGAAUACUUUUAGCUGUCACUUUGCCCUUGCUGACUUGUUUUUGAAUGUGCAGUUGCCAGGCUGUCAACCUUAUUCUUGCUGUUGCUACUUGGUGAGUCGCUGACCUUGAACAAGAAUGCUGCAAGGGAAGUGUUGGUAUACCCUCUAAUAAUGAAAUAAGGAUCACAGCCCCAGUGCUUUCAAUAACGAGUCGCCUGUAACUGCUUAGUUUUAUGUCGGAGAGUUCCUAUAAAGCUGUUGGAAUGUGGUCAAGGAGCUGAAUGGUAUUUGUACAUUAUAUCCACUUCAGACCACUUUACCAAUAAUGCAUUGCAGAGUUUUUUGUUUUUACUCCUUAUAAAUGUAAAGUAUAGCACAGAGAGCAGCUAUCUACUACAUUAUGUCAUGUUCUCAUACUUGACUGGUCCUAUUCACACCUAUGUACCUCAGAACCACAGAUAAAGGUGCCUUGUGGUUCUACAACUGUUUUUAGAGCACUGAAAUACAUUUUUCCAAAGCCUUCUUUCUUCUAGCGAACCCUAUGCUGUGUAUAUGUGUCACGGAAAUGAAUGAUUGUUUUUCUUCUGUAAUGCCAUUUCCACGUGCCCCUGAAUAAUGCCUUGGUGUGAAUUCGACCUUAAAAUGGGGCUUUUGGUUUUGAUUUAAUGAAAUGUAAUUUUAUAUACAAAUGUACAUGUUAUGCAGCAUUUUAAAUACUUUCAUUGGUUUGUUAAUUUCCAUUUUCUAUGACGGUAUUUAAAUGUAUUAACAAAAAAUGAUUCAUGGUGACAACAAAAAAAAAAGAAUAAUAAUGUAAAAAACAAAUAAUAUAAAUGUUUAUCACACCAGAAGCCCUACAAUUGGGAAGUGGGGAGGCGACUUGUGAGUGCAAAAGUAUUACUGCAUUGGAUGUGUAAAAGGAAGAUGAUAUUUUUCAAAUAAUCUAUUAAACAUGUAACACAAAAUCUAUAUUGUAUACAAGUAUAUAUCUAUGUAGAACAAGCAGCUCUUUAAUUUAAUUGUUUAUCAAAACUGUUUGGACCAUGUACCACUGUGCUGAAUACAAGAUAUUCAUGUUUGCUGUU